UGGAUGUCUGCUGGUGAUCCUUCACACAACAUUUUCUCAAAUACCUCAACCAAGUUGACUCAAUUCUUCCAACCUCUAUCAAAUAUCGCACUUGGAACAAGGCAGAAACAAAUAACACCAAAAUGUCUCUCGCCAUCGAAAGCUCCGCUGUAGGUCUAGCCCCUCUUCCUCCCACAGAUACCCUUCUCAGCUUGCGAACAGGCAAAAUCCGCCCGCUCGGCGGUGUAAACAUCCGCACCGCCAUUAACAAACGAGCGCGGCAAGGAAAAUGGGAAGUGACCCCUCUUGGACUCGUCGGCGAUGAGCAGCAAUUCAUUCACCAUGGUGGCCCUGAAAAGGCUCUCCAUCAGUAUUGUGCUACUCACUACGAUGCCUGGAACGCUGAGUUGCCUGGUCGAGAGGGCCUCUUCAAGGUUGGUGGCUUUGGAGAGAACCUGUCUACAAUGAACAUGUCUGAGACCAAUGUCUGUAUUGGAGACAUAUUUCGUGUAGGACGGGAGGUGCUCAUUCAGGUUUCUGGACCGAGACAGCCGUGCUAUAAGCUCAACCAUCGCUUUCAGCACAAGAAGAUCUCGGCGAUGACGCAGUCUAGUGGCCGAACCGGAUGGUAUUAUCGCGUUCUUCAAACUGGAUUCAUCGAGCAAGGCGAUGCUUUGGAGCUCGUUGAACGCACUAACCCAACAUGGUCUCUCUCGCGAGUUCAGAAGUACCUUUACCAUGAAAAGGACAAUAUUGAGAUCUUUCAGGAACUGGUAACAUUACCUGCCCUAUCUGAAGAGAUGGUGGGAAUAUUUCAGGGUCGACUUGAUCACGGCACUGAGGAUAUGAGUGGCCGUCUUGAAGGUGAUCGAGUCCCUGUCGUCUGGAGACCUUACAAGCUGGCCAGUAAGACGGACCUGACCCCAAGGAUCAAAUCCUUUAUCUUUGAAUCUGAGGACCAAAGCGAAGAUUUGAAGUUUGGUCAAUUUCCAUUCGUGCGGAUCCAGUUUGGCCCUGAUGGAAGCAUCUCUCGUGCCUACUCUGUCGUGUCCGGAACCACGAGCCGCUUCGAACUUGGCAUCGCUCGGGAUGAUAACUCAAGAGGUGGAUCUAUAUACCUCCAUGACGAUCUCACUGUUGGAAAUGUCAUCAAAGUCGCCCCAGGGCACAACGCUUUUGCAUCGCAGAACGGAGGGGUGGACUCGAAUGCAUCCAAGCACAUCUUCAUCAUCGGUGGUAUCGGAGUUACAGCCUUUCUUGGUGAGAUCAAAAGACUAUCUCGGGAGUCAGCUGAAGUUGAGAUUCAUUAUGCUGUACGAAGCCUUAAGGAUGCAGCCUAUUUGAGUCGCCUACCACUCGACAAGACAACCAUUUAUGCAAAAGGCGAUGGCCAACGACUCAUGCUGGGUCAAGUUAUCCCUGAGCUUACAAAUGACAAGAAAGACGUGCCUAUGGUUUAUUGUUGCGGUCCAACAUCCCUCAUGAACGCUUGUCGUAACCUGACCACCAAUCUUGGAUAUCCAAAGGCCAACGUCCACUUCGAAGAGUUCGGCGACGCCACAACAGGAACUGGGGAGCCAUUCGAGGUAGAAAUCAAGUCAACUGGUCAAAGAGUCCAGGUACCUCGAGAGAAGUCUCUUCUUCAGGUUCUCUCCGAUGCUGGGUUUGAGAUCGAGUCGUCGUGUCUGGUAGGGAACUGUGGCACAUGCAUGGUGGACUAUUACAAGGGAGAGGUUGACCAUAAGGGCGUGGCUCUAGACGAAGAGCAGAAGAAGGGAUCUAUGCUGAGUUGUGUUAGUCGCGGGAAGGGGAAGAUUGUUAUAUGAUAAAGAAUUGGAAGGUGGGCGUCUGUCAGUUAAAGCAUGUCUUGUCGAGACAGUUCUGGGGACUUUCAAGUUAGACUUAAACUUUCCCUCAUAGAGUCCUGUCUGACUAAAUCUGUUGGACAAUGGAUCUCUCGCUAAAAGACGAAUAUAUUUAGUGAUUUGAAAUUUUACUGGCCUUUCCGAACACAUUCGACAAGGAGAAGCCCCGAACCUCGAACGUCAAUGCUCCUAUAUCGCAGACAGAGAGCACUAGCAACAGAGUGUAAUUUGAAGGAUUCGCAAG